CACAGCCGGGAAAAGAAAUUAAUAUUGAUAUUUCUAAGAAUAAUGGUGGAUCCGAACAGAAAAAUUAACCGCCUGGUCGACAGGGACGUCAACUUCCUGGAGUCAUGUGAACAGGAGUUUGCGGGUCGCUUCACAGACGACGAUCCCGAGUUUAUGGCGCACUGCAGCAAACCUUUGCCGGAACCGCCAAUUGUGGAGAAUUGGAUGGGUGGAGGAGGAGGUGGUGGAGGAGGUGGUGGUUUUGCGGGCGGUGGAGGAGGAGGUGGCCACCACUCGUACAAUCGAUACAAUGGUCAUCGUAGGGGAGGCGGCGAUCGAGGAUGGCAGCGACGAGGAGGAGCUGGUUACCACAAUAACCAGGACAGAGGAUUCAGGGACAAUCGCCGCAACAACAGAUACGAUCCCAGAGAGCGACGGGAUCGGGAUCGCUAUGAAGGAGGCAGAGAAUCCGGUCCCGGAUUUGGCGGACAAAAGCGCUCCCAUGAUCAUAACCCGCGCAGUGACCCACCCAACAAUGAGCCACCCAUGAAGGUCAGACGCGACUAUGGAAACUUUGUGCCUGCAUCCAAGGAUUAGUUAGCAAAAUAAGCAAAUACUCUUCAUAUUACACUCAAAAUUAUUCACA